AUGAGAAUAAGAGAAAGCCUCCAGGAAGAAAUGACAUUUAAGCAACCAGGGAACACCAAGUUGUUACUUACAGUGAAACACUGUAAGCGCUGUGCGCACUCCACGCCCGAGUUCUCAGCCAAUGACGUCGACGGGCGCAUGGUUCGCCUGGACAAGCACUGGGCCUUGGUGUGCAUCGUCACCCACGUGGCCUCUCAAAGAGGCAGAACCGACGUGAGUGACACUCAGCUCGUCGCCCUGCACCGUGCUAGCUACGCUGAGUGCGAAUGACGGAUCCUGGCCUUCCGCUGCCAUCAGGUGGGGAGGCAGGAGCCGGGGAGUAAGGCAGAGAUCAAAGAGCCCACCGCUGGCUAUAAGGGCAAAUUCGAUACGCGCAGCAAGACCUGCGGGAACGGCGACAGCGCACCGGUGCUGUGGCAGUGGGUGAGAGCGCAGCCCCAAGACGGUGGCACCCUGCGGAACGCCGUCCAAUAG